AUGCCCAAGCGGUCGCAACUACUGACAUUGCUGUCGCUGUGGCUCACGUCCGUGGCGGCGGUCACCGCUGGCGAGGACCCCACGAUCGAUGUCGCUCCGUCCUACGAUUGCUCGGGUCCGUCCAGCACCGGCGACAGCUUCAUUGAUUACGACCAUCUCGUGCACUGUACGCCGCUACUAGAGAGCUCUCCUGUCCUAGCCAAGGUGACACUCGUGCUGUGUCUCGUGCUGCUGUUGUAUCUACUGAGCUCCACGGCCGACGAGUUCUUCUGCCCGGUACUGCAAACCAUCGUCGAGAAGUACCGCAUUCCGCCGCACGUGGCGGGUGUGACGUUCCUGAGCUUCGGUAACGGAUCACCGGACGUCUUCUCUAACAUCGCGGCGUUCGCUACACCCAUGCCAUUCAUCGGCGUGACUUCCAUCCUCGGUGGUGGAUUAUUGGUGACGACCGUCAUCACGGCGUGUGUGGGACUAGUGUCGGACGGCCAGGAUCAGUUGAUCCCACGCACGUAUCUACGCGACGUAGUGUUCUACUUGAUCGCUGUGCUGUAUCUAGGACUGGUGUUUUUCGACGGCGAAGUGGGGCUUUUGGAAGCGGUAGGCUUCCUAUGCAUCUACUUAGUGUACGUGCUGGUGGUGUUCUCGGACAAGUAUUUAGCCCGUUGGUGUUUCCCCUCAAGAGUCCCGGAAGACUCGAUCUACGCUAAACUAGACGACGAUGAUGAUCUACAGUAUUGGUCGUCGUCUUCCAUGAAACAGAAACAUCGGCCGUAUCUGAAGAGCCAAACCAUCCCAGUGUACGACACGUUCAAUCGCACUACAAUUUUCUCGGAUUCGGAGCAGUCGGAGCCGUCCCCACGCUUCCUGGACCGAAUGUUGUAUCGUAAGAGCUCUCUACCUACGCCACGGUCAGAGCCUCAUAUUAGCAACGAAUUGGGACCGAUCGAAGGCCAAUCGCUGCUGGAAGUCACGGAUGUUCAUCUGAAGCGUCCGUCGUCCAUGUGUGUGGGGUCAAUCCAAGAUUCACUACGUCGAAUGAGGCGGCAAAGACGUCGACGCAAAUCGACAUGGAAGUCGCUAGAAAUGAGCGCUCAAUUUGGGGCUUCAGCCAGACGCUGGACACGUGGAUAUCACCCUCAUGCACUCAGCGACAUUGAAGAAUUCUCGCCUACUGCUGAGAGGGGGGAAGCAAGUAUAGCUGUGUCCUCCUUCGAUCGAGUAAAGGUUCAAGAAAAAAGAUGGACAAGAGUUAUUGUACGAGCAGGACGAGGUGUCUAUGGGGCCUUGACGCGGUUCAUUUGGACCCCUAUCGAGGUCUUCACUGUGUUUCUUCGACGACUUACGAUCCCACUGGUGGACGAGGAUACCUGGAACAAGAACCUGGUCGUAGUGUGUCCACCCUUUGCGAUGCUGCUGUUCGGCAUGUCGGUGUUUUCUUUCAGCUUUGAAGAUCCCGUUUUCCUCAUGACAGUCGUCGUGGUGGGUGGAACCCUCAGCGGUAUCAUCGAGUACUCCACUUCUCCCGUUACACCACCAGAAGGCUGGCAAUUGGCACUUUUGAUCUGCUUAGCUUUUGUCAUGUCGGUCAUCUGGAUCAUGAAUAUCGCCAACGAAGUGCUUUCCGUCUUGGAGACUCUGGGUCAACUCUUUGGGAUUUCCAGCUCCGUUCUAGGAGUAUCGGUUCUGGCAUGGGGAAACUCGAUCGGAGACCUGGUUUCCAACAUGGCUAUUGCACGCGAUGGCUUCCCUACUAUGGCGUUCGCAGGCUGCUUUGCAGGCCCAAUGUUCAACUUGCUGGUCGGCGUUGGCUUGUCGCUUACGAUCGCCAUCAUUUCACGAGGUCCUCUCUCCAUGGGCGAGCCAUCUCCGUUGGUUUUCUUGAGCUUCGGGUAUCUCUUGUUGAGUUUAUUGCUGAACAUUGGGAUCGCAUCCUUCGACGGGUUCCGAUACCGGCCACGACUUUGCUACACGCUCUUGACAUUGUACGCAUCAUUUGCAGUUAUCUCCAUAGCCGUAGUGGUGCAUUAUCCUGAGGAAUAA